GCCGAAUAAAAUAGAGAUGAGUGGAACGACGAUGGCAGAGUAUGAGGCGGCGUUGAAGAUCCACCUGAAAAUUAAGAGCCUUGAUGAUGAUGAUCUUUGGGAAGGAUUUGACUGGGAUGAAACUGAUAAGAUCCUGAGUGGUGAAAUCAAACCCAAGACCUUGAUCACUACUUACCUCUUUGGUUAUACUCGUCAAAAACCUCAAAAGGGAACUCUGAUUGCAGAGGAGAUGCUCUCUGUGUUUCCAAAUUCUAAAUACAUGAAUAGAAGGAGAAACUCCGAGUUAGGUCAGGUCAUAAAAUUUGCCAAGAAGAAGGGUUUUACAUCUCUCAUUCUCGCUCAUACAAACAAUUUGGGAAAUGAUGAAAUCCGUAUCAUAAACUUGCUGAAUGGUGCAUCCGCUUCUUUCAUAUUUAUUGAACUCGUCCCACGAAUUGAUAUACCGAAUUGUGCAAAACCCCCAAGCCGACGUUAUCCUCGGCUUCAUGUCAGAGGUUUUGACUCUCCGGCCAGUGUUGGCACAGCCAGGAUGAUACAAUCACUGUUCCCCAAGGUUCCUCAUUCCCGUCGACCUUCCCGUUUAAGAAGUAUUGCAUGGUUGGAGCAGCAAAGGAAUCAUGUUUUUUUCCGACAUCAUCGUCUCUGCUCUGAGGAAGUCAUUGGAGGAGAAAGAUCAAGUGUUAGCACACAGCCACAGGAAUGUGGACCUCGCUUCACGCUCAAGUUAAUGGGUGUUGAUAGGGUAUCAUUGGACACCGGGAAUAUGAAAUUGAUUGGUGCUGCUGACCCGGACGGUGGAUGAUGCCUAUGAUCAUAUCAGCUUUAGUGGCACUUCUUGUGCGUAUUUCUCGUCUAAUAUGUUUCUUAGUUCCCAUGUUUGUUGCACAACUAAAAGUAACUCGUUUUGGGAAAUCUAAUAACUAUGUUAAACAUUAACAUGUCUCAACACUAUUGAGUACUUGUUUUGAAAAUUCCU